AUGCCCCGGGCCGUCCCUGGCGACGCGAGCAACCCCGGCCACUUGGACGCCGCAGUCGCCUGCCUGUGGGUGCUGACGCCGCUCACCGCCACGCUGUCGCUGGUCAUCGUGUGCGUGUCCAUGACCACCAACCAGUGGCUGCACACCGAGGAGAAGAUGGCCAACUCCAACUACAACGGCACUGGAGACCGCGAGUACCUCUCCAAGUACACCGUAUCCGGCCUCUGGACCUUGUGUUACACCAACCAAACAACUGAUGAGCUAGAGAAAGAGAUUUUAAAAACAGCUAGGUAA